AUGAGCAUAUUCGAUCCACUAGGUCUUCUUUCGCACUUCCUAGUACACGGCCGGAUAAUAGUGCAAGACAUCUGGCGGACACAAGCUGGUUGGGACCAGGAGAUCGUCGGAGAUAUUCUGGGAAAAUGGAGUAGAUGGAUUGCUCAAUUUAAUAAGCUAGAGAGAGUGCGCAUAAACCGACCAUAUUUCCCGGGAUUUUCGACAUCCGAGAUUGGUCCACUACAACUCCACGUUUUUGUGGAUGCGAGCGAGGAAGCCUACGCAUGCGUAGCGUAUUUUCGAGCAGAAAUAAAAAACCAGGUACACUGCGCCCUCGUUAUGGCUAAAUCGAAGGUGGCGCCACUGAAGGCUUUAUCAAUUCCACGUUUGGAACUCCAAGGUGCAUUACUCGGAGCGAGAAUGAAGAACCCAUCAUCCGUCAGACAUUGUGGACCGACUCGGAAACUGUUCUGGCGUGGAUUACAUCAGAUCACCGUCGAUACCGACAGUUUGUCGCCUUCAGAGUAG